GAGCGCUCCGGGACGGGAUGAGUCAAUUCUGAGAAACUUUUCCGUGGCCUCGGUUGUGCCUGACGCGGCUCGGAUGCCGCUCCGAGGAUGAGGUGGGAGGCAGGGAUGAAGCAGAAGUGAAUGUGGGAUGCGGAGCCGCGGCUUCCCGGCAGCGGAACUCUCUGGAUGCUCUCGGGGCUGGAGAUCUCGGUGAUGUUCAGCCCGUCCUCUGCUGUGACCCCGUGCACCUCCCCACGGGUGCCCCAGGCCGUGCCCAUGGACCUGAGGAUCGGGCAGCGAGUGGUCAAGCCCCAGGACUCGGCGCUGCUGGCCCUGAAGCAGCAGCAGCUGCAGCACCAGCUCUUCCUGGCCAGCCUGCACCAGCAGCAAGUGGAGCAGCUCGCCCACCAGCACAGGGUGGCCAUGGAGUCCCCGCACCGCGAGGCUGAGCCGGGGCAGCAGGAGCAGGAGCUGCGGCAAAUCCUCAACAAGGACAAGAGCAAGAGGAGUGCUGUGGCCAGCACGGUGGUGAAGCAGAAAUUGGCCGAGGUCAUCCUGAAGAAGCAGCAGGCGGCUCUGGAGAGGACCAGCAACCCCCCCCCUGCAGCCCUGCCCUACAGGUCUCUGGAGCCCCUGGAGCCCGAGGGUCCCUCCCCCGCCGUGCUCGGCUCCUUCCUGUCCCCCGUGCCCAGCGCCGCUCUCGACCCCCCCGAGCAUUUCCCGCUGCGGAAAACGGCCUCCGAGCCCAACCUGAAGGUUCGCUGCAAGCCCCGCAAGUGCCUGGAGCGGCGCAAGAACCCCCUGACCCGCAAGGAGAGCGCCCCGCCCUCGGCACUGAUGGCUCGUUCCCCGCAGGCUCCCCUGGCCCAGCGGCUGCUGAUGCAGGAGAGUUCCCUGGCCCAGUUUGCCCUGCAGAGCGCGGCCUCGCUGCCAGCCCUCACCCUGGGGCUGCCGGCCACCACCGGGGCCAGCGUGGGUGCCAGGGGCGAUGCCGAUCGCCGUGCCCUGCCCGCCCUGGCUCACCGUGUCCCGGUGUUGCCGGGCCCGCACUCGCCCGUUUUCCUCCCGGCCAGCCUGGAGCAGCACGAGGCCAGCGGCGCCCUGAGCCCGCGGCUGCAGCCGCUCAUCAUCCUCGAGCCCUCGGUCACCCACGGCCCGCUGGUGGCAGUGCCAGGCCUGGGGACAGUCCCGUUCUCCUUCGGUCCCUCGCUGUCCCUGUCCCUGCCCGGCCACCACAAGCCCCUGGGCAGGACCCGCUCGGAGCCGCUGCCCCAGAGCCCCAAGGCCGUGCAGCAGCACCUGCAGUUCCAGCAGCACCACGCGCACUUCCUGGAGAGGCUCAAGCAGCAAACGCACCUGGGCAAGGUGGGUGCUGGCCCCGGCGAGGGCUUCAACGUCAACGUGGCCUGGGCUGGGGGGCUCGACCCCCCCAUGGGGGACCCCGAGUACCUGGCAGCCUUCAGCCCGUGUAAAUACUGGGUGGCCGUGCAGCGUUUCGCCUCCAAGCUCGGCUGCUCGUUCCUCGAGGCUCAGCACCACGAGGCCGACGAGGUGGAGACGGUGACAGCCCUGGCGUCCCUCUCGGUGGCCGUCAUGGGGGACAAGAGGGCGCACGAGGAGCCGAUGGAGCAGGAGGAGCCGUGACGCGGUGCCGGAUCCGGGUCGGUCCCGUUUGUCCCCCUCGCUCUGGACUCCUGGCAGGGACAUUCCCGCACCCAGCGGGACCGCGGAGACCCCCGAGUGUCCCC